UGGAGGCAUUUGACAAACGUUUUAUUUUCAUUUCUCGAUUCUCAACAGUUUUUCCUUCUUGAACCUGAGUAAUUAUUGUGAAAUCGUUUUUAUAUUUGUUAUUUACGUGUGCGACUGUUGCAGUACUUUAGAGGUCAAGUUUAGGGGACGUUUUGGUAUUGUGGUGAUUGAAUGGACGCUGUCACGCUAAUCACUAUUUUGUGUUCAUAAUUGGAUCAUAAGCGUCGUGGGGAAUACCAAGUGGUGAUCGAUGGCGGAUUGAUUGCUUCCGUGGGGUGAUUGUGUCGAGGCCCGCGCUCCCGCCGCCUUUCGCGGGUGUGUAAUCGAGUAGCCGUCUGUUGCUGCAUCAUGGACACCGACGAUGGGGAGUCGUCCAGCAGUGGACCUAUGUCCAGUCUCAACAGCCUAUUUUCAUUUACAAGCCCCGCUGUGAAGAAACUCCUCGGCUGGAAACAGGGUGAUGAAGAAGAAAAAUGGGCGGAGAAAGCAGUGGACAGUUUGGUGAAGAAGCUGAAGAAAAGAAAGGGGGCAAUUGAGGAGCUCGAGAGGGCUCUGUCGUGCCCUGGCACGCCGUCCAAGUGUGUCACCAUACCUCGGUCACUCGACGGCCGACUGCAGGUAUCCCACCGCAAAGGCCUCCCGCACGUGAUCUACUGCCGCGUGUGGCGCUGGCCGGACCUUCAGAGUCACCACGAGCUCAAACCGCUGGAGAUAUGCCAGUACCCCUUCAGCGCCAAGCAGAAGGAGGUAUGCAUCAACCCUUACCACUACAAACGAGUCGAGAGCCCAGUUCUACCACCGGUCUUGGUACCACGGCAUUCAGAGUUCGCGCCUGGACAUUCCCUGCUACCGUUCCAAAGGCAAACGGAACCCGCUAUGCCUCAUAAUGUAUCGUACUCCGGAUCAGGGUUCCCCCCAUCAGCCAGUUCAGAGCUCCCCGACACCCCUCCCCCCGCGGAUUCCCCCCCGUCAGACGACACGGAACCUCCAGGAGAAGUUGCUCCAGUCUCCUACCAAGAGCCCUUAUACUGGGCCUCCGUCGCCUACUACGAACUCAACUGCCGAGUCGGCGAAGUGUUCCACUGCAACUCCCAUUCUGUGGUCGUCGACGGGUUCACUGACCCCUCCAACAACAGCGACAGAUUUUGCCUCGGUCAGCUGAGUAAUGUAAACAGGAACUCCACGAUAGAGAACACCAGACGUCACAUAGGGAAGGGGGUGCAUUUAUACUACGUCGGUGGUGAGGUGUACGCAGAGUGCUUGUCUGACGCCGCGAUAUUCGUGCAGAGUCGCAACUGCAACCACCAUCACGGGUUCCAUCCGUCGACGGUGUGCAAGAUACCGCCGGGUUGCUCGUUGAAGAUAUUCAACAACAGAGAGUUCGCUCAGCUGCUGUCACAGAGCGUGAACCAUGGGUUCGAGGCGGUGUACGAGCUGACGAAGAUGUGUACCAUUCGGAUGUCGUUCGUGAAGGGGUGGGGGGCCGAGUACCACCGGCAGGACGUGACGUCCACCCCCUGCUGGAUAGAGAUCCACCUGCACGGCCCGCUGCAGUGGCUCGACAAAGUCCUCACUCAGAUGGGCUCGCCGCACAACGCCAUCUCCUCAGUGUCUUAGCCUCGCCCGCAUGUAUUCCACAAACCUGGUAUUACUUUCAAUCUCACAACAUUUUUUUUUAUUGCAUUUUUCUCGUGUUUUAUUAAAAUUAAACUUAUACUUUCAUAUCGAUUCGUUCACGAUUGUUGAUGGAUUUUGUUUUUAUAGCACUCACCUGUGCUUAGGGAAACUCACAAAGGGGAAAUUAAAUCGAAAAAAAUCGGACUCAGACGAGACUUGAACCUGCAGCUCUUGUCAAGCCACAUUACACCACGGGGUCCUCCUCCUAUCCAUGCGAAUUUCUUCGAUUUGUGUCGUCAUUAAGCCGACGCCAAUAUAUCUAGAAUAUUGAGUAAACAUAAACUGCCUAUAUACGUCCCACUGCUGGGCACAGGCCUCCCCUCAAUCAACCGGAGGGGGUAUGGAGCAUACUCCACCACGCUGCUCCACUGCGGGUUGGUGGAGGUGUUUUUACGGCUAAUAGCCGGGACCAACGGCAAUACGGCGGGAGAAUAUUGAGUACUAUUUUUUUUUGCUUGACAAGAGUUGUGGUUUCAAGUCCCGUCCGAGUCAUAUUUUUUUUUUUCAAUUUAAUUUUCUCUCUGUGACGAUUGUUGAUGUUGGAGUUUCUGUAUAUUGUCUGGCGAUUAUGUUAUGUUCGAUAUUUCCAUGCCGUAUAUUAUCAAUGAAUACAAAAGCGCUUGUGCAAUGCCCCAAGAGCUAGAAUUACAAAAUUGAUUUCAAUAUGCAGCUCAAAUGAAGUGUCCAAUUAAAAAAAAUGUAAGACGUCAUUUUUUAAGUGUAAUUGUAACGUUUAAAGACAUAAUUAAGUUAUACUCGUGAAUGUAUAUGACAAGGUAAAAGAUAUUAUUGUUGUAAAUAUGCUUUCGUGAAAUGUAUGAAAACUUCGGAUUCUAAAGAAUAUUCUACAAAAAUCGUGUCUAAUCUAAUUGAAAUAUUUUGAUCUAUGAUAUUAUAUUUGUAGACGGAAAUAUAUGUUAAGACAUAAAUCGAUAAUUUCAUAUAAAUAGAUUAUGUGUUAGGAGCUUAGUUAUUGAUCAAUGCAAUUUUAUUUUAAAACUAACAAAAAUGAUUGUGGCCUAAACAUAGAAAACUCGUAGCCAAAUCUGUUCUAAAAAUGUGAUUAAUGAAGUGUUUAGAGUCGACAAAUACUUUCGAUAACCGUUGGUGCCAAUUUCGAUAACAAAAUUAACAAACUAAUUAGUUUUCUUAUUUACACAGUUUAUGGUUUAUACAUAGGUCGUGAUAAAGCAACAAAAUAUAAUAUUUUAAGGCCACAGUCACUUUAAAUUAGAGGAUUAAGGUAUAUGUGUUCUAUCUAUGUAGUUUAUUUUUAAGAAUAGGCUUACGUCUGGUCCCAAAAGACCGAUUUUGAUGAAAAAUAACAAUUUAAAACCGCUAACACAACGUAGGAAGCGAUAGUAAUGGGGUACCUUAGGAGUAAAAGAUAAGAUUUGUGCCAUCAUGGUAAUUUUGAUUGAUUUUUCAAAGAUUUUUUUUAAUUAUAAAUUUUUCUUUAAAUAAUAACAGAACAAUGACUGGAGUCGUGCGUGGAAGUGUAUAAAUAAACAAAUUAAUGUUUGCGUGCUUAGAUAAAGGAAGGGGGGAGGUAUGUUUAUGCUUACAUGACUGUUAUCACCAUAAAUUUUGGCGCUACGGCCACGGAUCGGACACUCCAUAUAAAUAUCUCGUUUUUACCAUUUACCACCUAACGUUUAAGUGCGAGUGAGACAGACAGUCCGCGCGCGCUGCCUUACUCCCUAAAGGCAUACGAUGAAGUGAGACCCAGCUGGUAAAUCUAGCUCGGCACCAAUAUAAAUGGGACGGAGUGUCCGUUCUAUACGUAGCAUUAUUCUUUAAUCUAUGCUAAAGCAGCUAAAAUAAUUCUAUUUGGCGAUUUAAGAGUCCUCAAGGCCUCAUAUACCUAGCCGCCUAGCGUGAGACUUAGAUUGGCGACUUGAACUCGUACGAUAACGCUGUGUGAACGCUUCUCUACAUCACCAUAUGUUUGAAUUUAUCGCUCCGCCGCGUCUAAAUGACACUAGUUUUCUCUGGUAUGGACAAUAUUUCCAAGGGCCAUGUUUAGUAACUUACCUCCCCUUUUUUCUAAGUUUGUAUGGAUAAUUGAAAAUACAAUGUGUCUUAAACCAAAUUGGGACAUGUACAGGAAAAUAUGAAAUUGAUCUCAAAUAUAAUUGAUUAAGAUUGCGUUUAGUUCCUCUCUGAGUGACUGUUGCGUGUCCCAGCCUUACUUAGUGCAAUUGUUGCAUAAAGUAUAUUUUUAAUAUAAAAAUGUAUAAACUAUUGAUUGUCAGAAAAAAUAUAUUUCGAAUAAAGUACGUUACUUACAAUAAAAGCCAAAUAGGACACAAAAUCUUCUAU